GUCAAAGAAUAUCAUUCAAUGCAGUUUGCAUCACUACACAUCCAAAUCAGUGAAAGAAAAUUUUUGGAAUUUGACUUCCUAAAGUCAAGUUGUUUUCUGUCUUUUGCUUCCCAUUCAUCUCCUCAACACCUCUAUCUCAUUGCAUUAAUAACAAGUUGCAUCACAAACAGGAUACUAACUCCUAAUAAAGAGGAGAGGGGAAGAGAAGAGGACAACAUAGGAAGAGUGAUGGGGAGGUUGAAGUUGAAUAGUGAUCCAAGUACAAGGCUCAAGCACUUCAGUCAUCCACAUGAAUUAGAGCUAUGCACCCAACUCCAGAAUAACCCCGCACCUUGUUCAGGAUGCAAACUCCCAUCAUCAACCCAAAUGUACAUAUGUAAACCUUGCAACUUCACCCUCCAUUUGAGCUGCACUCAGUUCCCAAAACUGAUAAAUCACCCUGCUCAUCCAGACCACCCUCUGGCUCUCCUUCCCAGGUCUAAAUACCCCCGUGGCCUUUUCAAUUGUGAUGCCUGCAACCACCGCGGAGAUGGCUUCAGCUACCACUGCAGAGACUGCGAAUAUGAUCUCCAUGUGACCUGUGCAUCAAAACCCCUCAAAAUCACAUAUCAAUUGCAUCAAUGCCAGCUGGAACUUACCUUCAAGAAUCCAUAUACCGAUGCCAAAGGCUUCUCUUGUGAUGUAUGCCAGAAAAUUGGAGUCAAGCAGUGGCUUUAUAGAUGUGGCACUUGCGAUUUUGAUGUUCAUUUGGAUUGUUCAAAUUCUGCCCCGAUAUCAGCAGUUCAAGGGUCAACUAUCCUCCAGCACCACCAUUCAUUCCCUGGGGCAACAAGUUCACAGAACCAGUUCCAGCAGCCUCCUAUGACGGCAAAAAUGAGGCCUAACCACUUUGUGCAUAGUGCAAGUUCAGGCGCAAAGGGCAACCAGCUCCCACAAACUCCCAUAUUAUCAGGACAAGUGAUGCCAAAUCAGUACACGCAGGCCAGUCUGGGUACAGCCCAAGCAAGGCCAAACCCAUUACUCCACAGUACAAGUACAGGUUCAAUCCCCCAGCACCAAUCCCUGCAACCUCCUCUAAUUCAAGGACUGGUGAGGCCUGAUCAAUACAUGCAAUCUCCUGGGACAAACAAUGAUUUGAUGAAUGCUGCAGUUCAAGGACUUGUGGAAGUUGCAGCUCAGCAGGUUGGUCAAACUAUCAUGCAGGGGUUCGUAGGUGGUGGUAACAACAGUGAUGGGAAUGAAGGCUCUUCAAUUCUGAGAAGCAUUUUUGGUGACUCGUCGCAGAACUAA